CGAGUGCUCUAAACCUUCUCAUCCCUCAGUUCAUCUCAAGAAAAGAAAAAAUGGGACCAACCUCAUCCCUACGGUUCUGUAAAAGAAACAACAAGACUUUCCUCAGGAUCUUUAUGAUCUUGGUUCUUAGCUGUAUACCAGGCAGAACCAAUCUUUGUUCCAAUCCUUCUGUUAGUACCCCGAUAGAUUUACCUCCUUCAAACCCUUCAGAUAUUCAUUCCUCAUUAGAUUCUCUCGACUUGGAGGGUUACAUCAUCUUCCAUGACGUCCACAAUGCGUCAAAGGACUUUGGCAACAGAUACCAGUUACCACCUCUGGCAAUUCUCCAUCCGAAGUCAGUCUCUGACGUUUCAACAGUGAUGAGGCAUAUAGGCUCCACAACAAAUCUCACAGUAGCAGCAAGAGGCCAUGGUCACUCUCUUCAAGGACAAGCUCUAGCUCACCAAGGUGUUGUCAUUAACAUGGAGUCACUUCCAAGUCCUGGUAUCAAGAUUCACAAGGGGAAACAAUCCUAUGUAGAUGUCUCAGGUGGUGAGUUGUGGAUUAACAUUCUACGUGAGACUCUAAAAACAGGUCUUUCACCAAAGUCUUGGACGGAUUACCUUCAUCUAACCGUUGGAGGUACUCUGUCUAACGCUGGAAUCAGUGGUCAAGCGUUCAAGCAUGGACCUCAAAUCAACAACGUUUAUCAGCUAGAGAUUGUCACAGGGAAAGGAGAAGUAGUGACGUGUUCUCAGAAGAGAAAUUCUGAACUUUUCCACAGUGUUCUUGGUGGGCUUGGACAGUUUGGCAUAAUCACCCGGGCAAGGAUCUCUCUUGGACCAGCACCGCAUAUGGUUAAAUGGAUCAGGGUACUCUAUUCAGACUUCUCUGCAUUUUCAAGAGACCAAGAACAUUUGAUUUCAAAGGAUAACGCUUUCGACUACGUGGAAGGGUUUGUGAUCAUCAACAGGACAGACAUCCUCAACAACUGGAGGUCUUCUUCAUUCACUCCCAGCGAUUCCACAAAGGCAAGCCAGUUCAAGUCACAUGGGAAGACUCUGUAUUGCCUAGAAGUAGUAAAAUACUUCAACUCAGAAGAAGCUAACUCCAUGAACAAUCAGGAAACAGAGAAGUUACUUUCAGAGUUGAGCUACAUUCCAUCCACUCUGUUCUCAUCUGAAGUGACGUAUAUUGAGUUCCUAGACCGCGUGCACACUGCAGAGAUGAAACUGAGAGCUAAGGGUUUGUGGGAGGUUCCACAUCCCUGGCUGAAUCUCCUGAUUCCCAAAAGCCGCAUUUUGAACUUUGCUGACAAAGUUUUCAACGGCAUUGUCACGAGCAACCACAACGGACCUAUCCUUAUUUAUCCGGUCAAUCAAUCUAAAUGGAACAAACAUACGUCUUUGAUCACUCCUAACGAAGAUAUCUUUUAUCUAGUGGCCUUUCUCCCAUCUGCAGUGCCGAAAUCCUCAGGGGGGAAUGAUUUAGAGUACCUUUUGAGACAAAACCAAAGAGUUCUUAGCUUCUGUGAAGAAGCAAACAUGGAUGUGAAGCAGUAUUUGCCUCACUACGAGACUCAGAGAGAGUGGAGAUCACACUUUGGAGAAAGAUGGGAAACGUUUGCAAAGAGGAAACACAAGUACGACCCUCUGGGGAUUCUAGCACCUGGUCAGAGAAUCUUCCGAAGGGCAUCAUCAUCAUCAUCACAAGUAUCUCAUCCCAUCCAACUUCUCUAAAGCCAAAAAAAAAAAACGCAAACAUACAGACCUAGUGUAGUGUUAAAGAGGCAAGUGUUCCCUUGUAACGGCUCAGCUAGGCAGCUAAGAGAGUGUAAUUCAUUUUUUUUUAUCCUUUUGGGGAAACAACAAAUCUUACAUUAUAUAGG